ACUGUUGGACGAACAAGCCAUUUCGUCGUUUGUAGUGUGCGUGGAGUUGGUGAAGUGAAAGACAUUUUCACUCCGAGUCCGCCUUGCAUUUAGUUGAUUUAUCGUUUGGAUCGUUGCUGAGUCCGUUUAGCUGGUAAGACAUAUACAUAACACAUCAGAAUGUCUAUGGCUUCAUCCACGUGCUACAAGUGUAAUCGUCCGGGCCAUUUUGCCCGCGACUGUAAUUCCGGAGGAGGUGGUGGCGGCGGCCGUGAUAUGAGACGCGGAAAUAACCGUGAAAAAUGCUUCAAAUGCAACCAAUUCGGACACUUUGCCCGUUCCUGCCCCGAGGAAUCUGAGCGUUGUUAUCGUUGCAACGGCAUCGGCCACAUAUCCAAGGACUGUGCUCAACCCGACAAUCCAACGUGUUUCAACUGUAACAAAGUUGGUCACUGGGCGCGUAAUUGCCCCGAGGCGUCCAACGAUCGCGGUUCCAGUAAUAUUUCAUGCUACAAGUGCAACCGCACUGGUCACAUCUCCAAAAACUGUCCAGACACGGCAAAGACAUGCUACGGCUGCGGCAAAAGCGGUCAUCUGAGACGUGAGUGCGAGGAAAAAGGGAGCCGUAACUAGAAAGCGGUCAAUCUCCAUCACUGCCGAUUGACCCCAUUCAUUUCCUUCAACUUUCCUGUCACCGUACCCAAUCUGAAAAAUGUUUUAAAAAUUAUUAAUCCCAUUUAUCCCCAAAUCCCGUAAUAUCUCUUGAAUUAUUCCAAGCUGCAGAUGCAGCCAAUCAAGUAUACCUAUAUAUCUAUGUAUGAUCUAACCAACUGCACUGUAGUGCAGACAAUCUCUCUUCAAAGUAAAUUGUACUCUACUUUGGAUAUAAAAAGUGUCCCAAUGUGAUACGAGAAUAAAAAGUGGAUGGAUUGAAUGAAAUUAAAUACUGAAUAAAAUUAACAAAAAAAAAAGAGAA